AAUGGCUCUACUACUUGGAAACAAACUAAUCUUCUUGGCAGUAUUUGCAGUGGGGCUUUGGGCUUCCCAAGGCUGGUCUCUCUCAUUCUUUGAAGCUUCAAUGGAGGAGAGGCAUGAGAUGUGGAUGGCUCAAUAUGGACGUGCGUAUGAAGACAGCACAGAGAAGGAGAAACGCUUCAAGAUAUUCAAGGAGAAUGUGGAGUUCAUUGAAUCUUUCAACAAGGCUGCGAAUAAGCCUUUCAAGCUAGGGAUCAAUGAAUUUACAGAUCUCACUAAUGAGGAAUUUCGUGCCUCACAUAAUGGAUACAGGAUGUCUUAUCAUCCAAGCUCAUCCAGAACAAAGUCGUUCAGGUAUGAAAAUGUCACUGCAGUUGUAUCUAGCCUGGACUGGAGAACCAAGGGAGCCGUUACCCCCAUCAAAGACCAAGGUCAAUGUGGAUGUUGUUGGGCUUUUUCUGCAGUGGCAGCAAUGGAAGGGAUCACAAAACUCUCAACUGGGAAGUUGAUCUCUCUUUCAGAACAAGAAUUGGUUGAUUGUGACACAAGUGGAAUGGACCAAGGUUGUGAGGGUGGUCUUAUGGAUGAUGCCUUUGAAUUCAUUAUCCAAAACAAUGGCCUUACCACUGAAGCAAAUUACCCUUACCAGGGAGUUGAUGGAAAUUGCAACUCCACGAAGGCAUCAGAUCAUGCUGCCAAGAUCACCGGUUACGAAGAUGUGCCUGCCGACGAUGAGGAGGCACUACUCAAGGCAGUGGCAAACCAACCAGUCUCUGUUGCCAUUGAUGCGGGUGAAUCUGCCUUUCAACAUUAUUCGAGUGGGGUAUUCACCGGAGAUUGUGGAACUGAGUUGGAUCAUGGUGUUACUGCGGUGGGAUAUGGGACAACUGAUGAUGGAACCAAGUAUUGGCUAGUCAAGAACUCAUGGGGAACUAGCUGGGGUGAAAAUGGAUACAUAAGAAUGGAAAGAGAUAUUGAUGCUAAGGAAGGCCUUUGUGGAAUUGCCAUGCAGCCUUCUUAUCCAACUGCAUAAAUGAUGGGAAUCUUCAUCUGCAUAAUGAUGGGAAUCUUCAUCAAGGGUUCUCCUACACACUAUCUUGUUUCUUAAUGUUAAACGGACUCUUGUAUUGCAAUUUAUAUCUAUAUGAAGGCUUUUGCUUUGGAAAUGGAACGGAUUGUAUUUACGUCUUUGUAAUCACACAUUAAAGCGACAAACAGUAAAUUAAAAAAGACAA